AUGUCCCUAUUUCCCACCCUUAUAUCCGAAACUGACUCUGUCCCUUGUUCUUUGAUGUCGUCAUCUAAGGUGCAGUUGGUGUCAAGUUGGAAAGGGAGAGAAAAGGGCCUCACAAGUGUAGUUGUUGUGGUGUCUGAUAUUGCAUAUGUUGAUGGGAGAAUUUGGAAAAGAAGUGUGAUCAAGAGUCAAGACAAUUGCCUCGGGUUACAUGUUGUGGCAACUGAUUCCUCCAAUGUGCAGCUUUUAAACAAGUUGUACACAUACGCACUUUACAAAGCAGCAAAAACAGCAAGCAUUAGCACAGGCGCAUAUAGUAGAAGAGGUCUCUGUAAAAGCCAGAAUAUUGAAAGAUGGAGUUUGUAUCUGCAAUUAUUAGUCCUAUUGUUGAAUCUUUAA